AUCCGUAUAAAUUUGUGUAUCAGCUAAUCAGUUUGAAUAAACAGCAUAUAUGUCUACUAAAAAGAAAAAAUUACAGAUCAUUGUCAUUCCUGCUAUAUAUUAUUGAGAAGAUAUACCCUAUCAAUUUAUACCUCAUGUUAUGCUGGCAGAUAAACAUUAGCAUUUAGCAGCCUUCUCGAAGCACCUUAAUUUCAACUGCUUCCGUAUCUGCAGCAUCAUCACCUGCAUAGCAAUGCUCCAUGUCAUAUAUAUUUUUUUUUCCAGUAACUUAUGCCAUUCAUCAACAGACAAAAGAGGAUCUUAGAUUCUUUGCCGGUUUUCAGUUAGAAAUACUCUUUGUAGUUGAUGUCAAUUCAUAGUUUAUCAAUUUAUUUUUAUACAAUUCAUAAUUAAAGACAAGUCAGACAAGUGUAGCCAUGUAGCAGCAUUUGGGAAGCCUGAAUUAACUCACAUGUUAGUGAUUUUACACAAGCAUUAUAGCUUAUGCCUUACGGCCCUCGCGAUGUGUCUACAUCAGUACUGCUAAAUUUAGUCGAUAGUUUAGAGGCAAACCUACUAGAAAAUAGUUACUAGAAGACGCAAAAGAUUAACUUCUUAGCUCUAAAGGAAUGAUUCAUAUGGAGGUUAAAGGUUGUGGUAAAAAGGUAUGCAAGUGGAAAAUCUGAUGCUUUAUAAAGAGCCAUACACUAAUAUGAGUUGCACUUAAAAUUAUAGCCACUCUUUCUCUCCCUACCAUAAUGACAAAGUUAGAAGAAGAGAAAGGCCAUGUUGAUGGAAAAGAAGAUUACACACAAGAUGGGACUGUGGAUCUCAAAGGUGCACCCAUCCUAAGAUCAAAAACAGGGAGAUGGAAAGCUUGUUCCUUCCUUGUAGCAUAUGAAGUGUUCGAGAGGAUGGCAUAUUAUGGCAUUGCUUCAAACUUGGUGCUGUAUCUAACAAAUAAGCUCCAUGAAGGCACUGUAAAAUCUUCAAACAAUGUCACCAACUGGAUUGGUACCGUAUGGUUGACUCCCAUUUUAGGCGCUUAUAUUGCGGAUACUUAUCUUGGCAGAUACUGGACUUUUGUCAUUGCAUCAGCCAUUUACUUUGCGGGAAUGUGCUUGUUGACACUAGCAGUUUCAUUGCCAUCCCUGAGGCCACCACCAUGCAGUGUAGGGAUCAAGGACGAGGACUGUAAACAGGCCUCAUCGUUACAAGUUGGUGUUUUCUUUUGUGCCUUGUACAUAAUUGCAGUGGGAACAGGGGGAACCAAGCCCAAUAUCUCAACCAUGGGCGCAGACCAGUUCGACGAUUUUGAGCCAAAGGAAAGGUUCCAAAAGCUAUCCUUCUUCAAUUGGUGGAUGUUUAGCAUUUUCUUUGGUACCCUCUUCUCCAAUACUUUCCUUGUGUACAUUCAAGACAAUGUGGGCUGGACUCCUGGCUAUGGGCUUCCGACACUAGGGCUUGCAGUUUCCAUUUUAGUGUUUGCAGUGGGCACCCCCUAUUACAGACACAAGGAGCCAUUAGGGAGUCCCUUGACUAGGAUGGCCAAGGUCCUAGUGGCUGCAGUGAGGAAGUGGAAUGUGGUUGUUCCAGAUAACACAAAAGAGCUUCAUGAGCUAAGCUUAGAUGAGUAUUCCAAGUCUGGCAACUUUAAAAUUGACUACACCACUUCAUUAAGGGUCCUAGACAAAGCAGCCGUAAAGAGUGGGCCAAGUUCACCAUGGAUGCUAUGUCCAGUGACCCAAGUUGAAGAAACCAAGCAAAUGAUAAAAAUGCUUCCAAUUUUGGUUUCAACAUUCCUACCUAGCACUAUGCUAGCACAAACACAUACACUUUUCAUCAAGCAAGGCGCCUUAAUGAACAGGAGCAUUGGUCCUCAUUUCAAAAUUCCCCCAGCAUGUCUAACAGCGUUUGUAACGAUCUUCAUGUUGAUUAGCAUUGUGGUUUAUGACCGGUACUUUGUUCCUGCAAUUCGACGCUACACCAAAAAUCCAAGAGGGAUCACAAUGCUGCAGAGAAUGGGAAUUGGAUUUUGUUUGCAUGUGGUUGUCAUGACCACUGCUUUCUUAGCUGAAAGAAGGAGAUUAAGUGUCGCAAGGGAGAAUAACAUCACCGGCAAACACCAAAUUGUUCCGCUUAGCAUUUUCAUUCUCCUCCCUCAAUUUGCUUUGCUUGGGGUUGCUGAUAACUUUAUGGAAGUUGCAAAGCUUGAGUUUUUCUAUGACCAAGCACCACAGGGCAUGAAAAGCCUUGGGACUGCCUAUUUCACAACCAGCUUGGGAGUUGGGUAUUUCCUCAGCAGCUUUCUUCUAUCAACUGUGGCUAAUCUUACUAAGAAAAAUGACCACACUGGGUGGAUUUUGGACAACCUAAAUAUCUCUCAUUUGGACUACUAUUAUGCCUUCUAUGCCGUAUUGAGCAUUCUAAACUCUCUGUUUUUUCUGGUUGUUGCAAAGUCAUUCGUAUAUAAUGUGGACAUCAAUGAAUGCCAAAGGGAGCUGCAGGAAUCAAUGGAAACCUUGCAGAUGAAAUCUACAUCUCGAGAUGACAAGGGUUUGUUAGAUGGGUUAAAAUCCUAAAACUUCUUGUAAAUUGUUUUCUUGUAAGAAUCAGAUUACAAGCUGGUCAAAUUCAAUCAAUGUCAAGUUGUUCUCUGUUGUU